CCAAGCGGCUGCAGCAGAGUGGCACCGGUCCGACGCGCCGUGGCCGCGUGGGACGCGCUUCGGGCGCGAGUGGGCGCGGAGGGCGCAGCCCGCGCGGGGCCAGCACCAGGAGGCGCGGGCCAUGGUGGCGCUCGGCUGAGUCCGGCGGGGAUUUCGAUUCCCGGGGAUUCGGCGCUGUCGCACCCCUUGCCGGGCACCGACGCCUCGCAUCGCCCGAGCGCGCCCAUGGAAAAAUCCAAGAAUUUCCGCAUCGACGCGCUGCUGGCCGUGGACCCCCCGCGUGCCGCCUCGGCGCAGACCGCGCCGCUGGCGCUAGUGGCCUCGCUGGCUGCUGCGGGCUCGGGCCCCGGCGGCGGGGCGAGUGGCGAGCGCAGUCCGGGGCCCUCUGAGCCGCCCGCCGCCCACGCACGCGCCGAGAGCCCCGAGCCGCCGCGCCUGCCGGCCUCUCACUGCGCGCUGCUGCCCAAGCCCAGCUUCCUGAGCGCGGGCAGCGGGGCCGGGCCCGGGCCCGGGGGUCCUCCCCACCACGCGCACCCCGCCGCCGUGGCCGCCGCCGCCGCGGCCGCCGCCGCCGCGGGAGGCCUGGCCCUGGGGCUACAUCCUGGGGGCGCGCAAGGUGGUGCGGGGCUCCCGGCCGCUCAGGCGGCGCUCUAUGGCCACUCAGUCUACGGCUACUCGGCGGCGGCAGCGGCAGCAGCCCUGGCCGGCCAGCACCCCGCGCUGUCCUACUCGUACCCGCAGGUGCAGGGGGCGCACCCUACGCACCCCGCCGACCCCAUCAAGCUAGGCGCCGGCAGCUUCCCGCUGGACCAGUGGCUUCGCGCGUCCACCGCGGGUAUGAUACUGCCCAAGAUGCCGGACUUCAACUCCCAGGCACAGUCGAGCCUCCUGGGAAAGUGUCGUCGGCCACGCACAGCCUUCACCAGCCAGCAGCUGCUGGAGCUCGAGCACCAGUUCAAGCUCAACAAGUACCUGUCGAGGCCCAAGCGCUUCGAGGUGGCCACCUCGCUUAUGCUCACGGAGACCCAGGUUAAGAUCUGGUUCCAGAACCGGCGGAUGAAAUGGAAGCGCAGCAAGAAGGCCAAGGAGCAGGCAGCACAGGAGGCUGAGAAGCAGAAGGGUGGCCCAGGUGUGGGCAGGGAGGACAAGGGUGAGGAGGAGCUGCUGGGGCCGCCCACGCCUGGGGAUCAGAGCGCUGGCCGCCGCCUUCGGGACUUGAGGGACAGUGACCCAGAGGAGGACGAGGAUGAGGAGGAGGAGGACACGUUUCCCUACAGCAACGGCACGGGUGCCCUGCCCGCCGCCUCUGACUGCUCCUCAGAGGAUGAGUGUCCCCCGCUGCAGUAGGGUCCCUGACGGCCACGGGGCCGCCCAAGGGACAGCUAGGCGGCCGACGGACUGGCACUUUCUAACAGUUUCUGGCGGUGCUGGGGGGAGGCUUGAGGGAAGCACAGAGCUCCUCCCGGCCCUGCACCCCUUCCUUCCUCACCGGCUGGCUGGCUGGCGGAUGCAACAGUGUUAAGUGACCUCUGAAACUUGAAACCUCUCUGGAAAUGCCAUUCUGCAGUAUGAAAGAGAAAGGGGUUUUAUGCUUCUGUAUCUUAGGAGGGAAAACGUAUGUCAUGAGCAUUCAAACUGCUGGAAAUCUCAAAACUGUACUGUCUUUAUUUUUGUACAUUGUAUUUAUAUAUAAAGAAAGAAACGUCUACUUAUGCAUGCUAAAUUAUUAUUUAGCUUCUCCCAUCACCCAGGGUGGAAUGUAAAAUAAAUUGGUUUUUUACUGGA